AUCUUGCUGCGCCGAUCUGGCAGUUGCUGGGAGGCGGCGAGGGGUGGAGUCGCUGGGGUUAAGAUCAUGCCUGACAGCGAGAGGUUUCCUGGGCAGCAGAAGCCGCUAGGGUUGGGAUGAAAGAAGCAGAGCAAAUGCAAAACCUGGAGAGCGCAGGGGCCCGGCGGACAGUGGGCACCCAGACUGGAAGCAUGACGGGUCAAAUACCAAGGCUUUCUAAAGUCAACCUUUUCACGCUGCUUAGUCUCUGGAUGGAACUCUUCCCAACAGUAGAAGCCCAAAGACAGAAAUCUCAGGAAAAGGAAGAAGGAAAACAUGGACCCUUAGACGAUAAUGAAGAGAUGACCAGAGUAGUUAAUGAUAAAAAGCAGGUGAAGAAAACUGGUCUUGUUGUAGUGAAAAACAUGAAAAUUGUUGGUCUCCACUGUUCUAGUGAAGAUUUACAUGCUGGGAAAAUUGCCGUUAUUAAACAUGGGUCAAGGCUGAAAAACUGUGAUCUUUAUUUUUCCAGAAAACCUUGUUCUGCUUGUUUGAAAAUGAUUGUAAAUGCUGGAGUUAACCGAAUUUCAUAUUGGCCUGCUGAUCCAGAAAUAAGUUUGCUUACUGAGGCUUCUAAUUCUGAAGAUGCAAAGUUAGAUGCCAAAGCAGUGGAAAGAUUGAAGUCAAAUAGUCGGGCCCAUGUGUGUGUCUUACUGCAGCCUUUGGUGUGUUAUAUGGUGCAGUUUGUAGAGGAGACCUCUUACAAAUGUGAUUUUAUUCAAAAAAUUACAAAAACAUUGACGGAUGCUAACAAUGACUUUUAUUCUGAAUGUAAACAAGAAAGAAUAAAAGAAUAUGAAAUGUUAUUUUUGGUUUCAAAUGAAGACAUGCAUAAGCAAAUACUGAUGACUAUAGGUUUGGAGAACCUGUGUGAAAAUCCAUACUUUAGCAAUCUAAGGCAAAACAUGAAAGAGCUUAUCCUACUUUUGGCCACAGUAGCCUCCAGUGUGCCCAGCUAUAAACAGUACGGAUUUUACUGUGGCAAUACCGAACAGAUUAAUGAAACUCACAAUCAAAGUUUGCCACAAGAAAUUGCAAGGCACUGCAUGGUUCAGGCCAGGUUAUUGGCAUAUCGAACUGAGGAUCAUAAAACAGGAGUUGGAGCAGUUAUUUGGGCAGAAGGAAAAUCUCGAAAUUGUGAUGGAACAGGGGCAAUGUACUUCAUAGGAUGCGGUUAUAAUGCUUUUCCUGUUGGAUCUGAAUAUGCUGACUUCCCACAAAUGGAUGACAAACAGAAAGACCGAGAAAUAAGGAAAUUCAGAUAUAUUGUACAUGCGGAACAGAAUGCCUUGACGUUUAGGUGUCAAGAAAUUAAACCAGAAGAAAGAAGUAUGAUUUUUGUGACAAAGUGCCCAUGUGAUGAAUGUGUACCUUUAAUUAAAGGUGCAGGCAUAAAACAAAUCUACGCAGGAGAUGUAGAUGUUGGAAAAAAGAAGGCAGACAUUUCUUAUAUGAGAUUUGGAGAACUUGAGGGUGUUAGCAAAUUUAUUUGGCAGCUGAAUCCAUUAGGACCUUGUGCUCUUGAACAAAAUGAGACUGAAAGCAAAGAAAAUGGUGUGUUGAGAUCCAGACCUCCAGAUGAAGAACAGCACCAAGACAAGAAGCUGUGUCUUGGAAACCACUAAGAAGUCCUGUCUGAACUGCAAUGAAGACCUCAAGAAUUUUUAUUGCACUUUUAAAACUCAUCUUUGUUAAUUUAGAAAAUAAGGAUGGAUUCUGUAAACAAUUUUUUAAAAAUUUAAGGAAGCUAAUUUAUUACUAGCAUAUGAAUGAUGUUAAUGAGAAUGUUUUUAUUUUAGAUUUAUUUGUGUUUUCCAGAAUACAGUACUGUGUUCUUUUGUUACACUAAAUGAGGUGGCAAUAUUUAAUGAGCCAGCUCGAUCACUGAUAAGGAUUGAUUUCUCCUUGUCUUAGCUUUAUAUUAGACAGUUUGAAAAGAGACUGGCUCAGUGGAGGUCACUUCUCAGCAGAAAUAUUAAUCCCUUUGGAUUAUGAAGGUGACAGCUGCUCAAGAGAAAUAAGUGAUGACUUAGCCAUUUUUAAGGAUCAGUAUGGCUUACCAAAUCUUCACUUUUAUACCCAAAGCUUUCUACUAAUCAGAAUUUAGAUCACUUAAGAUUGAAUCAUACAAAUCAUAAAUAAUGGGACAUGGUCUCUAUUAUAAAACUGUGUUCCUAAACAGGAUUAUUAAUUUUUAAAAAUUCUUUUGAUAUGUAGAAAUUGUAUUGAUUUGUUGAACUUGGACUGUUGUUGAACUUGGAUGUUUUAUCACUGAUUGGGGUAGCAAUAGGAAGAGAAUAUUAUUCUGAGACAGUAUUACAAUUUGAUGUCACUGAUUUGAAAUUACAAUGAGCGUCAAAUUUUGUUAUGAUGUUAACAGAGAAGAAAUAUGUAACCUGGAAUAUUGAAACUAGUCUUCUUAUAUUCCACUCACAAAUGUCAACCAUUUCUCCCUUACAUGUAAAUAACAGAAAGUAUCUCCUGGCUUUUAAUGGGUGGCCUUUUAAGAGCUUCUGCAGUGUGAAAGUCUUGAAAGUAGACAUCAUGGUUAGUACGGUUACAUUUCAAUUGCUCUUUAUAAGACCUCUCAUUUUUAGGAACUAAGAUACUUUGGGAAAAUUUGUCCAAAACUGAAAAUACAUGUUUUAUAUUUUCCUAAGUGAGGGAGGGAGGGACAGUGGACCAUGGCCCACAGGCCUGGGACAGACAUCCUGAGAAAGUAUCCUCAGUCUGAGCAGAGUUAAUCAGGCUCACCUCUGCUUCUGUCUACUCCCUUUCCAUGGCAUCACAUGACCUCUUGAGACCUGCCAGUUCCUCGGAAUGACACACAGGACAAUCCAGAUGUUGCCUGCUCAGACCCAUCGGCAGUUAAAAGUAGCCAUACCAGGCUCUUGAAAAGUGCCACAAACAUUUUAACACAAGGUGUAGCUCAUGAAACAGAGAGGGAGGAAAGCCUAGGUAGCCAUAGAGAUCAUUGAGGCUAAUUUGAAAAUUAUUGAACUAUUCUUUAAUAUUUACCAAUAUGAAAACAAUGAGAUUUGCUGUUCUCUCCAGUUGCUUUUAUAUAUUAAUUACAUAUAAACAUGCUUACAUCCUUCUUACAUUUGCCUUUUCUAAUAUGUCAGCUACAUCAAAUAUUGUAUCAGUGAAUCAGUAAAUAUUUUAUAAGACCCAAAAUCCUGGGAUACUGGAAGGUUUAUGAAUUUAUGUGUGUGUACUAGGGGAUACAGAAGGGAGAAACAUGUGGAUGGAAAAGUUAUGAUUAGGAAAUGGAAAAUUACAUGUUUUCAUAGCACUGUUAAUGGUCAUGAUAAUACCAUUUUUCCUUCUGUAUAACAGGUCAAAUGUCAACACUAUUGACAGUUUACUAUAUAGUACCAGAAGAAAAACUCUUUGAGGUCAGAUAUAUAGAUCUAUAUAUAUGUGUGUGUGUGUAGAUAAAUAUAUAGAGAGAGAUAAUGACAUUUUUAAAAUAAGAUAUAUUCAUAUACAUGAUCUAUAUCAGAUAGAUAGUA